AGGGAUGAAAGGCAAAGUCGACCUCGGCGGAAUUUGAACUCGGAACGUAACUGCAGAUGAAAUACGGCUACGCAUUUCGCCCGGCGUGCUAACGAUUCUGCCAGCUUGCCGCCUUAACAUACUUAUGUUCAAGAAGUAUGGAAUGCAUUCUGUGUUAAUAUAUUUCUGCAACAGGUUAUUCUUAGAUAACGACAACUCACUAUUUAUUUAUGUAAUACCUUUUUACACCAGACGUGUAUACUCAUAUCAUAACAUAUUAUUUAGGCAUUUGCAGGUUAAUCGCUAAAUUCACAGUUAAUGGAGAUACUGGAAAUAUAGCAAAAUAAAUAUUUGUUAAGAAUAACGAAAAAGAAAAAAAAGACAACUGUGUAUUGUAGCGUGAGCAGAAAAGCUAUGGAAACGGAAUUGUGUGAGGAUUUUGUUAAAUGUGAAACACCAUCUAAAAGAAAUGAUUUUACUGACGAGAUACCAACUGAUAUACAAACAUCAUCAUGCUACCCUGAUAUCUGUAAAAAGUCAUUCUCAGAAAGUGGUUGCUUAAAUUCUCACAAAGAUACUCAUACAGAAGAGAGACCAUAUCAGUGUGAUAUCUGUGGUAAAUCAUUCUCACAGAAAGGAAACUUAAGUAAACACAAACGUAUUCAUACAGGUGAGAAACCAUAUCACUGUGAUAUCUGUGGUAAAUCCUUCUCUCAGAAAGGUACCUUAACUACACACAAACACAGCCACACUGGAGAUAAACCAUAUCAGUGUGAUAUCUGUGGUAAAUCGUUCUCUCUAAAUCACCACUUAUCUGCCCACAAACUCAUUCAUACAGGAGAGAAACCAUAUCAGUGUAAUUUUUGUGGUAAAUCAUUCUCACGAAAUGGUUCCUUAACUAAACACAAACGUCUUCAUAGGGGAGAAACACUAUCAAUCUCUUAACAACACACAAACACAUUCCUACAGGAGAGAACCCAUAUGAGUGGCAUAUAUGAUAAAGCAUUCUCACAUAAAAGACAACGUUUGUAUGUAUUCAUACAAAGGAGUAAUUACUCAUUCAUUUUGUCCAUUUUUUUUUCUAUGACGAUUCCAUCUAACAUAUUUUUGCGAAGUAAGAAAAGAUAUUGCUGAUUUAUUUCGCAUUUUGUGUAAAUCGAUGAUAAAUGUACUCUUAGUAUAUCAGUGGUAAUAUCACUGUACAACUGUUAUGUUAAAAGAAGCUUGAGAGGCGGUUGGAUGGAACCUACACUCGCCUCCUUAUGAGAGCUCAAAAUCUCUCGUGGAGGCGCCAUCCAACUAAAAUGCAAAUAUAUGGGAAAUUACGACCUGUGUCAUC